ACAUCUUUUCCUGGCAUUUUCUUGCUCUUAUUUAAUUUAAACCAACUCAAAAGCAGCUGUUUUGAAUGCUGUUUAUUAAUUUCACCAAAAAUAAAUAAUUGAUUAAGUGCGUUCACACUCUCGAGGGUAGUUCAGUCUAAAUACACCUAUUGUAAUUUAUACCAAUCAGUACAAAAACAUUUUAAGUGUCACAUCUAAAAACUGUGGUACACUGUUUUGCUUUUGUGACAGUGAAAAUUUUCUAAACAAUAGCGAAACAUAAAAUAGUGCUGCAAUUUAAUUAAUUUAAACUGUGCAAUAACAAGUGUAUUUUAUUCAUAUUUAAAUGGCUUUAGCAAACGUUUUAUCGUUGAGCCAAAUAAGUGGGCACAUAAUAUUAGUAAUAUUAUCACUUUGUGUAAUAACUCCGUUGGGCAUAAAUCUGCGUCAAUUUAGUGGGCAUUGUUUGUUAUUUACGACUGGAAAAUGGCGAGAAGAAGAUGGUAUGUUUGAUGUAAAGUGGUCCUCGAAUGGAUUCUGCAAUUUUCCUUUAAUAUCUGGAAUCGUUACGUUUCUAAUUUCUAGCGUACAAAUAUAUCGUUUUGUGCGUAUCAAAGAAGAAGCAUCCUUCCUCUCACUGUUCUUAGACACAGUACUGGGUAUUUUAAUGAUGACCAUGUCGAUAAUGUCAGCAAUAAUGAUAACUUUAGGUUUCAUCGUUUGGUGUGAUGGUAUGACAGAGCGUUUUCCAUCCUGCGAAACUUCAGCGGGACAAAAUAUUAUACACGGUGAUACACAAAAUUUAGACACUUCCGAAUUUUAUAUUGAAAUGGGAACAGCACAGUUUGGUGCCUGGGGUUCAUUCGCUAUAUCGGUGGGCGUUGGGGUGAUUGCACUGUUAAAAUUGAUAAACAACCAUCAGGUCAGAAAUAUAAAAGUCUCAAUGUACUUAGAGCGCCAACGUUUAGUAAAUGAGCAUCUAGCACAGCUCGAUGGACGGUCAACACCACCAAGCUCUUCGAAUGCAGAGAGCAGAUCAAAUGAAUAAAUUAUCGUUUAAAAAUUUUUUGUAUUUGAUUAAUGUAAGUAAUUUAUAUCUAUUAUAUAUGUGUUGUGCAGUUAAAGACAAUUGUCUUAUAUGUCUUUAAAAUCUAAAGCCAGGAAUAAGAUUUGAUAUGGUAUUUUGAAACAAAUUAAUUACAGAAAAUACAUAUAAAAUCCUUUGGCUAUUAAUUUAUUAUUUUCAUGGAUACUAGAUAUUAUAACAUAUGCCGUUAUUUAGCAAUAAUUUGUAUAUAUUGUGAUAUUAUUAAGGUUAUAUGCGAACAUUAUUUAAUGUUAACUAUUUCGAUAUAUGACUAAAUUUGUAUAUAAAAUAAACAAUUUCUCGUUU